UUAUUCCGUUAUUUUUCUAAAAGCCGAACUAGUUAACCCAUGUCGCAGUGGAAAAGUGCAAAUAGUUUGCAACAACAAUCAGCCAGUUCAAUUCUCGAUCGCCGCAGAAAACGGUAUAGGAGCUGCUUUUUCUUUUUGGCGGGGUGGUAGAAACCCCAAACCACCCCAGCAUUAGCCUGUCCACAACAUUACUCAUGUAACGGGUGUGUGUGUGUGUGCAGUUGGUCGGUGUGAUAACGUAGUAAGCUCGGGCCUGCUCUCCUGACCGGCUGAUGUACGGGCUGAUAAACGUAACUGACUCGCUGUAGAUAAGAUUAAGAGCACCACACCAGCAAGCGUCGAACGCCACGAUAGAGACGCGUUUAGCAGGUCCGGGAAACAAGCGUACCGGGUGUUCCAUGCUGGUGAAAACCCACCUCAGAAACAGUUCAACCUGCUGACGUGCCAGAAGCGACCGACACGCGCGACAAUGAGUGACGAAAGUGUAGAACCGACCGCGCCGUCGGACGUCGUGUGUGAGGCGAAGAUUUUGUUCCGCCAGUUGAAACCCUUCCCGGUGAUCGAUGAGAACAAUAAUUACAAAAUCAGCACCGAACACUUUCUCGAGUCGUCGAAUCAAAUCAUCGAUGCGUUCGCAUGUUUUGGAAAGCUGUUCGCACCCAUCGUUAGAGACAUGCGGCAAAACGUUCAGAAAAUAACGGUCAAAUACAAACAGAACGAACCGUUGUUCCAGUAUCUGGAGGAUUUAAUUCUGAAGGACAAGGAUGGCAACGCUAACCCGUUCGACACCGUCACGGAUGGUUUGCUGUGGCUGAAGAGAGCGUUCGAAAUGAUGGAACAAUUCUUUCGCAACCUGCUGGAAGACGACGCGUGCAGUGAGCAGGUGAAGCCACACCUGAAAAAGGCGUACGAAGAAUGUUUGCUGCCGUAUCACGGCUUUCUCGCCCAGAAAGCGUUUCAGCUGUUACAUCUCUAUCUACCGACGCGAUCAUCACUGCUCGGACCGCCGGAAUCCAAUGCGGACAAUCUGAAGGCGCUGGACGAGUUUCUGGUGCUGUUUCGUGCUAAUUUAAAUCACAUUAAUGAAUUCUUCACCAAACAUGACCUACAUCGUACCUACAAAGCGUAGGGGAACCCCGCUAGCCUAGAUUCGCACCGACAAAAGCCUUACAUUAUUUAUAAUAAAAUUUUAUUACAAAAAACCA